AUGACGAGGCACUCAUCAGGAUCCUCCGAAGACGGUGACACUUUGCACGUCGAGGUUCCUCAUGUCAGUUCGUCCAACCAAUCCGCCCUGAGGCCACAGGCCGCCGCACAGCCUUCCACCUCAACUAGCCCAGACAGCACCGCCAGCCAUCACCACCAACGUCGCAGCAGCGCUGACCCGCGAACCUCGUCCUCGAUCAGUCGGAGGUCAACCAGCAUCAAUUGGAAGCCUACCGAGACCAGGAAUGGCUCACUAGAGAAGCCCCCAUCGCCGACGCGCCCAACAACCCCCUCUCCACUCGGCCUGAUACCGACCGCGAAUGGGUCACAUGCAAAGAAGAGAGAGAUGGAAAAGGCGCACGAGGCCAUGUUUGCCGUCCGGCAUCAGCGAUGGCGAAGCCCGUGGGCAAUUGGCCUUCUUGCGCUUGUCGCAUCCAUCACCGGUAUCGCCUUGCUGCUGACGGUGGUUCACUCGUCGGUAACACGACAAAUUGAUCCAAAGGGCUGUCGAAUGUCUUACUUGCGCCCGUCAUACGCCAAGCUCAACGAGUUCGAUACGGAACACACCCGUCUCGCAAGCAAAUAUUCGCUGUACAUGUAUCGCGAACAGGGAAUUGACCAUGACACAAGGGUACGAGGAGUCCCCGUUCUCUUCAUUCCUGGCAAUGCCGGGAGCUACAAGCAAGUCCGACCCAUUGCCUCUGAGGCAGCAAACUACUUCCACGAUGUCCUGCAGCAUGACCCCGAGACAUACAACGCCGGCAUCAGAAGCCUCGACUUCUUCACCGUCGAUUUCAAUGAAGAUAUCACGGCGUUCCACGGGCAGACCCUCCUCGACCAGGCCGAAUACCUCAAUGAGGCGAUUCGCUACAUCCUCUCGCUCUACCUCGAUCCGCGCGUUUCCGACCGAAACCCUGAUCUUCCCGACCCGACCUCGGUGAUAGUGCUGGGCCACUCUAUGGGAGGAAUUGUUGCGCGGACAAUGCUCAUCAUGCCCAACUACCAAACGAACUCGAUCAACACCAUCAUCACCAUGUCGGCGCCUCACGCCCGGCCGCCUGUGUCCUUUGACAGCCAGAUCGUCAAGGCAUACAAAGACAUCAACGAUUAUUGGAGGCAUGCCUACUCGCAACAGUGGGCCAACAACAACCCCCUCUGGCAUGUGACGCUUGUUUCGAUCGCGGGCGGAGGACUCGAUACCGUGGUCCCUUCGGAUUAUGCGAGCGUCGAGUCGUUGGUUCCGGACACGCAUGGAUUCACUGUCUUCACAUCGACCAUUCCCACAGUAUGGACGAGCAUGGAUCAUCAGGCGAUUCUGUGGUGCGACCAGUUCCGCAAGGUGUUGGUUCGGACGCUAUUUGACCUCUCCGAUGUGCACAGGGCAUCCCAAACGAAACCGAGGGCGGAGAGAAUGCGCGUCUUCAAAAAGCGGCUGCUUACCGGCAUGGAAACUGUUGCUGAGAAGACGGCGCCUCGAUCAGACCCGACGACUUUGCUUACCGUGGAGGACAAUUCUGACACCAUCAUUGCUCAGGGGGAGCGGUUAGUUUUGCGGCAAUUGGGAACCACUGGCAGGGUUCGCGCCCACCUCAUGACCAUCCCACCUCCCGGGCCUCCCGAAGUCAAGCGCUUUACUUUGAUGACCGAUAUCAAGCUCGACCAGCCUGGCGAGAACGGGAAGCUCGAAGUCAUGUUUUGCAGCGUUGUCCCAUCGCAACCGGGCCAAACCGGGGCAGGAUUUCCAAGCCAAAUCGACCUUUCCAAGGGUACUGCAGGAACUACCCGGCUGGCUUGCCGAAGUGCUGCCCCAGAUGUCAUUCCACUCCCUGGAUCAAACAAGACAACCGCCUUUCCAUUCUAUAGGGACCUAGAGAAGCAGGUCCUGCCCUUCUACUACCUCGAGUACGACCUGGACGACAUUGCUGAACAACAGUUUAUUGCAGUGGUGGAGAAGGCAACGAAUCCCACCCAAGGUUUCGUGAUUGCCGAGUUCAGCGAGCAGUCGCAGUCACACCAAACGGCACAGAUCGGCCUUCAACGUCUGCUCACCUCGGGCUUGAAGUUCACCAUGCCUGCUGCACGACCGAUGGUGACGGAAACCAAGGUGCCAUCCUUGCAGUCGAGCUUGCUAGCCUACAACUUGCGCCUGAGUAGCCACUCAUGUGGCAACAAAGAGGAGCUCUUCGCCCCGAUGGUGAGGCAGUAUCUGGUGGAGCCGUUUGAGUCGAAGUAUUUUGUCAAUGUACGCGAUGCGCCGAUCAGCCUUCACGGUGUUGCUCCCUACGUCCCUCCGCCUCUUGCCAAGAGGUCCGCCAGCGAGGAUGGACUGAGCUUUCAGUUUUGGACCGAUCCUACUUGCGAUUCCAGCAUUGAGGUUGAGCUUGAGGUGGAUUUCAGUGGUAGUCUCGGCAAGCUGUAUAUGCGCUACCGUACCGUCUUUGCUGCGUUCCCGCUGCUCGUGGUGGCUCUCGUGUUGCGCAAACAGUUCCGCGUCUACGAUACCACGGGUGUGUUCAUCACCUUCACAGAAAGCUUGGAUCUUUGCCUCAGGCAGUCCAUUCCGUUGAUGCUUGCGUCGCUCACCAUGUUGACCGUGGCCACGGCCAACCCGAACCCAGCUGGCAGCGCAAGCUUCUGGCAUUGGAACAAGAGCACAUCUUCGCUAGUCGAUUUCCACCUUAACGACUAUCUGAUCGGUACUCAGGACCCGAUGUUCCUGUUCUUGAUUCCCAUGAUUGGAAUAAUAUGCAUCGGAGUGUGCACCGUCUUCAACUACAUCACACUUGCCCUCACGCACUUGUUGAGCAGCCUCUUCAACCUGUUGGCAUUCCGCCCUGCGUGGGUUCGCAAUGAUGAACGCAAGAAACAAGGAGGCACCGGGUUUCUGCCGUCAUCACCCAGGCGCAGAAUGAUCACGACAGCCGUCUUGCUAUUCCUCGUGUCUACAGCCAUCCCGUACCAGUUUGCCUAUCUGGUUGCCUGCCUGGUCCAACUGACAACCACAGUACGCGCGCAGCGAAUCGCCCAGGAACUCCAGUCAGCAGCCAACUCGAGCUUUUACAACUACGUCCAUUCGAUUCUCAUCCUCAUGCUCUGGAUCCUUCCCAUCAACCUGCCAACGCUCGUGGUCUGGAUACACAACCUGGCUGUUCAUUGGCUCACGCCCUUCACCUCGCACCACAAUGUAUUGUCCAUCAUGCCAUUCAUCGUCCUUGUGGAGACCUUGACCACGGGCAAGAUGGUUCCUCCGGUCACCGGUCGGAUGAAGCACCUCACGAGCAUUCUGCUGUUCGGCAUUGCCAUCUAUGCUGCCGUGUAUGGAAUCUCUUACGCCUACACAUUACACCACCUGGUCAACCUGGUCGCGUUUUGGCUGGUCAUCCUUCACUCCACCUCGGACUCUUGGCCAAUAUCGGGGUUAAAACACUUGUACGAAGGAGACGCCGAGGACCGCAAGGGCGGUAAAGAGCCAUGA